AUGUGGUACCAUGUCGCAGAGCCGAAUUCCUACCUCGUUAUUACGGGUGUAGGAAUCGAGAAAGUCUUAAUUAAGAAGAAAGCUUUUGUAUACCCCCUACAAAAGGUCUCGAAGAUCUCGAUUACACCCUUUGACUUCUCCAUGGCCCUCCAGGCUAUGACUAUCGAGAAACUUAAAUUUGCUCUACCAGCAGUCUUCACAAUCGGCCCUGCAGAUAGCCCUGAAGCUCUUGAGAAAUACGCCGUAUUGCUCACUGGAGAAAGCGAUGGCAGUCCUACUCAAACAGCGGCUAAGGGUGUUGUCUCAGUUGCCGAGGGUCGCAAUCAUGUUCAAGAGAUUGUCAAAGGUAUUAUUGAGGGUGAGACUCGAAGCAUCGUCUCCACCAUGACUAUGGAAGAACUUUUCCGUGAGCGUAAGAUCUUCAAGGACAAAGUAAUUCAGCAAGUGCAAUCUGAGCUGGACCAAUUUGGUCUUUGCAUUUACAACGCCAACGUCAAGGAACUACAAGACACACCAGGUUCAGAGUACUUUGCUUUUCUUUCUCGCAAGGCGCACGAGGGCGCUCUCAACCAAGCUAAGGUCGAUGUCGCCCAUGCUCGUAUGCAAGGUGAGGUCGGAGAGGCUGAAAAGCAAGGAAAGACAAAGCAAGAAGUCGCCAAGAUCCACGCCCAGACUGCCGUCCUCGAAACCGAACGUAAAGCCGAGAAGGCCACAGCAGAUGCAAAGUUCACCGACAAGGAGAUUGAGAUUGGCCGCGACCUCAAUGUUGCUCGAAUCAACGCUAAGCGUGAAGCUGAACGCCGUGAUGCGGAGCUGCAGACGGAAGUCGAGAAGAAGAGGGCACUCAUGGAGCUUGAACGUCUUCGAGCAACCAAGGUUGUGCAGGCUAAGAUUGAGAAGGAAAGUUCUCAGCAGCAGGCUGACGCAGAACUGUACACCCAAGAGAAGGCAGCAGAUGCAAGCAAGUAUGGCCAGCAAGCCGAAGCUGAAGCUGCUGCUUUCCGUCGACUCCGUGAUGCUGAGGCAAACUUCCAGGCGAAAGAGCGCGAAGCCGAGGCGAACUUCAUCGUCUCCAAGCGUCAAGCUGAAGCAGAAUAUUUCGCCCAGGAGCGUGCAGCUCAAGCCCACCUCAUCACCCAACAGCGCGAGGCCGAAGGUCUUUCCGCGAUGGCCAAGGCCUACGGCGACAUGGCAAAUGUUCUCGGUGGUCCUCAAGGUCUCAUGCAAUACCUCAUGCUCACCAACGGCACAUACGAGAAGCUUGCGCAAGCCAAUGGUAAUGCUAUCAAGGGACUUCAACCAAAGAUCAAUGUCUGGAACACUGGCAGCCAGGGUAGUGAGGGCAUGGCGGAUCCGUCGGCACCUAUUCGCAACCUAUUCCAGAGCCUGCCACCUCUUCUCAGCACUAUUCAUGAUCAGACUGGUAUGGCGCCACCUACCUGGUUAGCGCAAAUGCCUCAGCAGAACGGUGAUUUGAGCAAGAUGCAUCUGAGGAACGGUAGUGAUAUAUCCUCAUAG